AUGUCGAUCAUACGCCCGUUCGACCCUACAGAUAUACUGAGAUUCAACAACGUCAACUCAGAUGCCUGGACAGCUACGUAUCAUAAUGGAUACUACGCCAGCUAUACAGCCCAAUGGCCAGAUUUCUGCGUCACUGUAGAAGGGGCAUUUGACGAUACAAUAAAAGCUUAUAUGAUAGCGAAACAUGAGCCUCCCGCGCCUGAUCCACAGCACCACGGACAUCUCACGGCAUUAUCUAUCUCACCUGAAUAUCGAUCAUUGGGCUUGGCGAGGGUAUUGAUGAAUCUCCUAGAGAGUCUUUCGGGUCCUAAUCCUAGGACACAUGAUCAUUCGAAUUGUGGUGGACAUCAUGGACAUGAUCAUUCUCACAACCACGAUAACUCGCAUUCACACCAUGAUCAUGACCAUCCACAUGAUCAUGAUCAUGGGUCAGAUAGUGAAGAGGGCAAUAUAGACGCUGUGGACGCAUGGUUCGUGGACCUUUUCGUGAGAUGUAACAAUACAAGAGCUAUAGAGAUGUAUGAGAAGAUGGGGUAUAGUGUCUAUAGAAGAGUGGUAGACUAUUAUCAUGGAAUGGAAGGUAUAGGUUCGGCAAGAGAUGAAUUAGAUGGAUUCGACAUGAGAAAAUCGAUGCCUAAAGAUACAACCAAACGACAUGUCCGCUCGAACGGCAAGGAUAUCCUAGUCUCACCUGACCAAGUGUGGGCUUAG